CACACUCAAAACGUUCCCAUGCAAAAAGAACCAUUAACCCUUGAAGAUACAGAAGGCCACGAGCCCUCUUGCAUUCAAAUUCAUUCAGAAACUUCAAAGGGUGUUUCAACAAGAACACCAUCAGAAAUCGAAGAAGAAUCGCCGACUUUUGGCUCCGAAACAUCUACAUUGACCGAUGAUUCUGGAAAAGUCGAACGUGAUCUGGGGAAAAAAUCAGACACUUUGAAACAAGUAAACUUGCAUGGUUCUACUGAUCAAGAACAAAAACUUCCCAUAAGUAAUGGGAAUCCUUCAUCUUCUUAUUUUAAUUCAACUCCAUCGAGUAUGGACAAGAAGACGACGAACAGCAAAGUUCCAAGGGAGAAAAAUAGUGCACUAAAUUCACCAGAGGCUUCAUUCACAAAGAACAAGAGCUGUUCCAAUGGAAAAUCCAACAUAUUCAAGAAUUUGAUAUCAUGUGGUGCUGUGGAUACGAAUGAUUCAGCAGUUGUGAUGAUCAAUAGAAAGAAUAAACCAUUCUUGAAUAUGUGUUCUAGUGAUCAGGAUAAUGUUCUUUCGGCAGAAAUUUGCAAAAGGGAUAAACUAGGAGGUUCUCAGAGGAUCUUUGGGACUUCGUGGAAUCAACAGCAGUGGAAUGGCAGAAAGAGCUGCGAUGGGGUGAAGGAUUCAAGAAAGCAAAGGACAACCUCAACUGCUUACAAGCAAAUCAGAGGCCCGGAUUGCUCGCAAUGUGGGAAGUCAUUCAAGCCUGAGAAACUACAUUCACAUAUGAAAUCCUGCAAGGGAAUGAAAGCCUUAGCCAAUGGAACUUUUAAUCCUGCACUUUCUGCAUCUAUAGUUCAGACGACAUCUCAAAGACUGUCAUCGAAGGAAUCCCAAAAUGAGGAUUCAAUUUCUGGAUACUAAAUAACUACUUAAUUCUUACAGUUUUUCAUUUCAUAGGAUUUAUUUUAAUAAAAUUUAAGAAUGUUUUCUUACUCUUCAUGAACUUCUGCAAACUGUUCCUUUUAAUGUAAAGGAUGCAGAGUGAAUUUAAUCAGCGA